AUGCCGUCCUCUGGAGAGGAGGGCGGUGGAGUUCGAAGCACUGGUGGGCAAGUUGACAAUUUAGUGUUAGCCCUUAUAGAUUCUCUUUGUGAUAAAGAUGACCAGGCUGAAGGACUUAUUCGAGAUUCUUUGGUUGAGCUGGGCAAAAAGAAAUCUGAUUUGGUGCUCAGCUCCUGCUACUAUUACCUGAAGAAAAACUCAAAGCUUCCUGUAACACACAGGAUUGCCAUUUUGAACAGCAUAGAACGAAUCCUUAAAGAAACACUUAAAGACUUGGACAUGAGACUAGCAGUUGAUAUUAUUGAUCAGGCUUCUAAAGAGCUCACUAGUUCCAAGGAAGUUGUUCCAGAUUGGCAGUCAGCUGCCAGUGGGGUCUUGGUUGCAAUAGGAACUCGUUACUGCAAUGAAGUGAUGGAUGUUUUGAUGCAAAAGUUCAAACCUGGAGUCUUGCCACAUUUUUUCAUUGUACAAACAUUGGCUGACAUGGCUACAGCAAAUGUGUUUCAGAUGCUUCCACAUAUCAAUGCCAUCUUAGGAGCACUUCUCCCAAUGAUGGGAAUGGCUAAGCAUGACAACAUGAGAUGGGUCUUCAGCUAUGCCUUACAACGAUUUAGUGAAUCCAUUUUAGAAUAUUUGGCCAAUAUAGAAAAGGCACCAGACCCUUCAGUUACCAAGAGCAUGUUUGCAGGAGAAAUAUUUGCAGCUUAUGAUAUACUUUUUAACGUCUGGUUGCAAACCAAAGAACCUAAGCUUCGCCUGGCAGUGAUUGAAGCCGUUGGUCCUAUGACACACAUCAUGAACAGAGACCAACUUGAAGAGCAACUGCCUAAACUCCUGCAUGGAAUUCUGGGAUUGUAUAAAAAACACCAUGUGUCAUUUUAUGUGACACAGGGCUUAUGCAUGUUUUUAGAUGCUGCUUGCUAUGAAGACAGUGUCAUUUUGGAGCCAUACCUUGAGCAACUCUACAACACACUUUUUCCUCAAAUCACGGCUUCAGUGGAUUAUACAAACCCAAUGAGUGUAAAAAACUACAACGAGGUUCUUAGGUGUUUUGCUGUUAUCUCUCGGUCAUUUUCUGCAAAAUUAGUUGGUAUGUUACUCCAGAAACUGGAGAGCCACAAUGAAAAGUCCCGUAUUGGAAUCUUGUCCAUUUUGAAGCAUCUUAUCAAUGCUGGAGGUCCAAGCAUGGAAAAUAUGCAGGAACUUCUCCUUUCUGGACUCAAGAUUUUAUUGAAUGAAAGCAACAAUAAAGUGAAGAAGGUGCUGGCACAGGUGAUAAUAGCAAUGGCACAUCACCAAUAUUUGGAAAAUGAAGGAGGCCAAAUGAUGAUUGAAUUUAUUAUAAGCCAAUGUUGUCUUCCUGACGAUGAUGCAAAUUCUGUGAGUUGA